UAACGCAGAGAAAAAUGAUGUGUAGGGGAGGGGAGUUUGUUUGUAAACAUAUAUUUUGCUCCCAAAAGCAAUUACCACGAUGAUACCUUGGUAUUUGCUCAAAUAUUAUGCACAAAGACACUCAAAAUUUACCGCGUCAUGCAUAGUUCUAUUGAUCAUUAACUUAUUAUUUUACAAUUUGUCUCACAUAUUGUUUGUUUUCUGGGCGUUUAUUCUCGGUGUUAUCUUUGCAUAUAGUUUACUUAGUCCAGAUUAUGUACUACCCAACUUACUUCCAAUAUAUAUUAGAAAAUCAAAGCACAAGUCUGAGGAGGAUGAAUUAACUUUGAUGAAAACAGUUUGUACAGUUUGUGGAUUAAGAAAAUGUCCACGACACAGACCUGAGUUGAAUAUUUUGGCUUUUCAGCCAUGGACCAAUCUUGAUAUUCAUCAUAGUGUAGACAUUGCUCUUGAUGAGUUUUUCAGCAUUGUCUUGAAAGAAUAUGUCUAUACUUGGUACAGUGACCUUAGUGAAGAUGAAGAAUUUGUUGAUGAGCUUCGAACUAAUUUCCGCUUCCUUGCCUCAGUUAUGUUCAGGAGAAUGAAAAAGGUUAAUGUACCAGAACUAGUUACAAAGAAGAUUCUUCGUGCUACUUUGCAGCACAUUGACCUUUCCAUAACAGCUUUUGAAAAAGCUGGUUAUAAAGGAGACCUGCAGCAGAUUUCUUUAGAUUACAUGGGGUCAAGUGUCCACUGUGCUAUGUGGAGCAGGAAAGCUGAGCUUGAGUACCUGCGCAGACUAGUGGAGUCUUUAUUUCCUUACAUUCUCAGACCACAGGCUCUUAACUCAAAUGCAUGCUUCACUGAAACAGAUGAUUACGACAAAGAUACUUUUAUCCCUGUCUUAAAGAGUACCUGUGCAUUGGUCAGAGAGUUGCUGGCAGGGUCUGUGCUCUUACCCACCAUGGAUGCAAUAGCUAAUCCUGAUUUAAUCAACAAUUUACUGCUAAUAUUUUUUGACACUACCCCACCACCUCAAGCAGUAGAGCCUCCUUCUCCUUUGGUUCCUUUCCUGGGUCAGUUCAGCCAGGCAAAAGCUUUUAACCGGUCGUGCCUGCGUCUUGAAUUGAAAGAUGUAAUAAAUCCCGAGUGCCCUGAGUUAUUGUACCCGUUCAUGCAAUUUCUCAAAAGUGAAGCUGCUGUCAAUGUACUACAGUUUUGUUUAGCCUGUGAUGAUUUUAACCGGCGAAUACUUAGCCCAGAUGUUUCUCAAAGUGAAUUUGUGGAGCUUCAUAUGACAGCCAAAGAUUUGUAUAAAAACUAUUGUGCACCGAAUGCCCUUGAUAGGAUCAAAUUUGAUGAUGAUAUUGUGGAAACUCUCAGACAGGUGGUGGAAGGUCCUCCAGAUCAAGUCAUACGGCUUCGCACAACAACACCUUUGUUCAAAGCUUAUGAACAUGCUUAUGAUUUGUUGGAGAACAACUUUCUACCAAUGUUUCAUCAAAGUGACGAUUAUUACAGUAUGAUUUGUGGAGAUCGACCCAAUUCAUCAUUGUCAAGGCAAUCGUCAAGUUUCUUCAGUGCAAAGAAUAACAGUCUUAGUUUCUACAUUUCUCUAGUCAAAAGCUUCAUACUAAAUAAAAAGAAAGACUUCACUUUAGCUCAGUUGGGCAACAAGUUGAAGGAUGUUUUUAAAUCAGAUGAAAAACUGGGCAACAACAUUGAUGUUGGCGUGGAUGGAAUUUCUCUCAACUCAUUGACACCAUCAAUUGAAGAGGAACUGGAGGAAACAUUAACUAGCGGGGAUCAUUCUAUGCAUGAUCUCAGCUCAUGGCGGGUAACAAUUCCCCGUAUCGGGGCACGACCUGAUCCAGAAAAUCCUCGCAAACAAUAUUUUGUGUUUAUUAUUGAUAUUAGACGGCUGGAUAUUGAGGAGGGUGAAGAAAAAAAACAACAGUGGACAGUUGCCAGACGGUAUCCAGAGUUUUAUGUUCUAGAGCAAAAACUCACAGAAUUUCAUGGUGAACUUCCUGAAUGUCAACUUCCAGCCAAAAAAUCCUUUGGUACAAAAAAACAAGAUUUUACAGAGGGCAAGAAAACAGAUUUUGAAAAUUAUCUUCAGAAACUGCUAACCUUGCCGCAGUUAAAAAAUAGUGAACUUCUUUACAAGUUUCUUACCUCAGAGCAUGAAUUCUCCACCAGUUUUUUACCAGAUAUUAAACUAGGAAAAUUUGUCAAAACAAAGCUGGUAAAAGAGAAAGGCCAACAUUUGGAUGAAUUUCUCUUAACUUUUGCAACUUCAACUGAAGCAACAAAACCUCGAUCGAUUAAGCUGUCUAGAAGAGGAUCUGAGACUUCACUGUUGUCAACGUCAAGUGAGAAGCUUUCAGGGACCCACUAUGAUAACAAUAUGAACUAUGGCUUCAACCCACCUCAAUCAAAAAAAGAUGUACUCCACCAAAUGACUGAUAUUGAUGGACCAUUUGAUUCUCUACUUUUUAUUUUGAAAAACAUCUUUGGAGCUCCUCUGUUUUUACAACAAGUUAUGUUGAGCUUGAGGAUUCUGCUAAAAGAAACUGUGGAGAGUUACCUGAAUCAACACAUUGAAAACAAAUUGUCCCAGGUCACUCAAGAGCACAGGCUGGUUAGCUUAAUCCAUUUACUAAAAGAUGUACUUUUCAAUGAUAAUGAUCCUCCAAGAACUGACAAAGACAAAGAACAGCGAUAUAAUAAAGCACUUCAGGAAAUGGUUGAGUUUUUGCCAGGGCUACUGACCUCAGCUCUUGGGCCAACAAAAACAACAAAUGGAUGUGAACUUCUCCUGAACAUUUUCCAACAACCUAAGCUAAAUAAACAGUUGAGUUAUGUCUUGCUGGACAUUGUCAUACAAGAACUUUUCCCAGAACUGACCAGUGUCCAGAUGGAGAAACUCUAGUCCCUUGUUGACUGUGAAUAUAAAAUUUCAGCUUCAUUAAACUAAUUAUGAAAUGUUCAACUCAAAACUGUUGUGAUUCGGGAUCAGUGUAUAUAAAGGAUUAACUUAUUGUAUCACAGAUCACAUCAGUGUGUCAUAACUUUAAUGGACCAAUAACGUGAUUGCUUUUUGGCGGAGGUAAAAAUUGAUAUAUUGGAACUAUUGUUAUAUUUUUGUCAGGUAUGAAUGUUUAAUGUUUGUCGGUUGUUAAUAAGAUAAAAAGUUGUGUUUGUCAGUUCUAAAGUUGUUUUCUGUUGUAAAGUUUUACAACUCACUUAUUUUAAAAUCUUUAAAAAAAAUUUUUGGCAUUGCACCUUAUACUCAGCUGGUCAUUUAUUUAGCUCUGAUACUAUUUGCUUCCCUGUAUAGAAACACUUUGCUAAACUUGAAGUCUUUUUAAAGUAUAGAUUAUUCUCACUUGACAUGUAGGAUUUUAUGAAGCAGAGACCAUGUUCAUGAUACCUGUCCUUACUGACUUGAAAGAAAUCGGAUCAAUGAUGCAAAAGUUGUAUAUAGUGUACAAGUGUAUAGGCCCCUAGGCAUUCCAGAUGUUUGUUUCUGUUAAAAUGGUCACAACCCAGGAAUCCAUUUGUUCCACCAUUAUGUUGAUUGUGUUCAUUGAUCUAGUGAGCUGGACCCCUACCCAAAGUCCCUUAGGCAUUCAUUGAUAUUUCUACAUCAGUACCAAUUUUUAAAGAUUUUCUUUACACAUCAGUACCAGUGUUUUAAGAUUUUCCUGGCAGGGAAAUUAUUUAAGUAAAAUUUUCUUUCUUAGUUUUACUGGGCUAUAUGAGUUGGACUCGACUGCAUAUACACAUUCUCACCCUCUAGUCAACAAGCAUUUUAAAUUUUUUCCAUUACCACUAAGUUGAUUACUGCUGUCCAGAUAUCUACUUAUUAUUGCCAUUCUGUUACCUUCUGAUAUGCAUAAACUCAAUACUCAAACACCAGAUUCUGCAAUUUCUUUUUUUUUUACUAGCAUUCACUAUAGCAGGUUUACUUUAAACAACUUUGAUCAUUAUCCGUUAUUUAAAAAAAAAGUUGCUAAUUACAUACAUAUAUCUCACCAUUCAUGUUAUUUGCUACUGUUAUAAGAAGGCCAUUGCUAGAUGUUAAACACGCAUGUCCAAGCUUCUUGUUGGCUUUAAGAAAUGUUCCAGGUUAUGUUGCUAGCAGCUUAAAAUUAUUGUUUGUAAGUUUUGUACAGAUUGUACUUAUGCACGUUUAGGUAUGAAAACAUUUGAGGUUGAAUACACUCACCAUAUUCUAAAAGAAACUCAAGCUUUUUACUUUUCAUCUUUUAGUGUUUUUAAUGUCAGAAUACUAAUUUUACUUUAACGAAUUUUAAGUGAAGUCGUGACAGUGCUUAAGGACAGUGCAAUAUCAUUUAAGAGAUAUCCAGGUUCUUGUUUGUUAUCUUUUAAUGAAUGAGUGUGUGUUGCUAUCAUCAAUUUUGUUUGUUUUGCUUGAACUUGUUGUGAUGAAGCAAUCAACGAAACAUCUAUGGAAGUGACAGUAAUCAUUUGUUGCUCAACCAGUUUUGUUUUCUUUGCCUCAGAGAUAUUGUGUACAUUUAGAAUUUCUUUUGGUGAUGUUUUUAAUUCAGCAUACAAGUGAUGUUAGUGGAAUCUUUCAAAUAAAUUGUGCUGUGAGAUUUAAUCUAUUGUUUUAUUUUUUUUUCCAUCCAUUUUUCAAUAAACCAUCAUUUGUGUUAUUAA